CCCAACAGUUCCUAACAUCCUUUAUUCGUCCAGUCCCUCAGCUUAGCUAGCAGCAACCCCUCACUCCACUGACAUUCCCGAAUUAAGCUCAAACACAUUCCCCAUGGAGCCGUCUACGAGUGACGUUCAGGCCCCGCGCUCACACACCCUCCGCGCGCACAGCAAGCGGAAAGCCGAGUCGACCGACGCAUCCGCAACCGAGGGCCCGUCGGCGAAGCACUCCUGCCCGAGCCGCUUCUCGACAACCUUUAACGUCUUCGACAUCCCCACAGGGCCCCUUCUCGACCACUUUACGCUAGAACCCACCGUCCUGGGCGCCGGCCAAUACGGCACCGUCCGUCAGUGCGCCGAUAAGUUAACCGGCCAGCGUUUUGCUUGCAAGACGAUCCAGAAGAGCCGUUUGGUAACGGAGGCGGCUCGGGCGGAGGUCCGACGCGAGGUCGCUCUCAUGUCCCGCGUCGCGGGCCACCCAGGCGUGGUGGGCCUGCGAGCCGUUUUCGAAGACGACAAAGAGGUGCAUCUAGUGAUGGAUCUGUGCGAGGGCGGCGAGCUAUUCGACGAAGUCGUGCGGUUCGGGCGACUAUCGGAACGUGACGCGGCGCUGAUCUUCCGGCAACUGGCCUCCGGUGUCGCGUUCUGCCACUCGCGCGGCGUGCUGCAUCGCGAUCUUAAACCCGAGAACAUCCUCCUCCACAGAUCAGCCCCUUCCGGCGCCGUCCCCGCAUCUCCCGCCGCAACUUCCGCUCUCGCCGCCCCCGAGUCCCUGGAAUCCCGCGGUCUGACCGCCAAGCUCGCAGAUUUCGGCCUUUCGAUCGCGUUAGACAACGGGCGCGUGGGUUACGGUACAGCGGGGUCGCCCUUUUACAUGGCUCCCGAGGUGCUCACUGGCGAGUACGAAUACGCCGCGGACGUGUGGUCACUAGGCGUGAUCCUCUACAUUAUGCUCUGCGGCCGCCCGCCGUUCUGGGGGAAAACCGACGCGGCGGUGUACGACGCGAUCCUGCGCGGGAAAUUGGACUUUUCGGGGGCCGCGUGGACGGGAGUGUCGGUUGAAGCGCGCAGCCUGAUUCGCUGCAUGCUCCAAAGCGAUCCGAGGCGGCGGCCGACGGCGGUGAAGGUGCUGAGCCACCCGUGGGUGCUGCUGCACCUGUACGGUAUCCGCGCUGUAAGGACCUCCGCUGCUGGUGGAGAGGACUCCCUGGAAGCGAGCGCGGGUGUUGCGCCUGCUGUCGCGGUCACUGGAGCGGCGGCUGCUGCUGUUGCUGCUGUUUCGUCCCAGCGCGCCGCUGUGUGCUAACAAUGCCACGAGUUUACGAUUAGAAACGGAGUCCGCCCCCCGUCGUGGCGCCUCCGAAUAUGCGUUCUUGCGAGGCGCAAAUAACUACUACCGCCCCUGAUAGCAAGGGGUUAAAUUUGGUUUGACCUGCAUUGUUUCUAAAGAUGCCUGUACAAAGAUUCCUCCAUAUUCUCAAUGGAUGAUAAAUUUCUGGACUAAUGUUUGCGUUUCAUUUCACCUUGGGUUCUAUGCACGUAAAAGUGUACCACUCGCUCACUAUUCAAGGGCCAACUAUCCUCGUUAUCAGUCCCUUCCAUCCAACUGCUACCCCCACCCAACCCAAUCCUUAUCUUUUCUCACACACGUCCCUUCGACACGAGUACUCCGCGCUACGGAAACGAGUCCUCCUCACCUCAGAUCAAUCCCGUCUAACCUCUUGGCAGGCGGUACAGUCGAUCAGUGCGCUAGUCAAUCGACGAGCGGGCGAGCAACCAACGUCUCAGCACAGUCGCAGCAAGUCCACGUCGCCAGCAUCUAUCCCGCUAGUGUCUUUUCCGCCACUGGCUUCCGCCACUGGCUUCCGCCACCGCCUUCCGCCAUCGCCUUCCGCCACUCAGCCCGAUUCGUUUGUUCCCCCAAUCGCGUCAACGUCUGUCGAACCUGCUCCCGCACCGGCGCCCCGCCGCCGGCGGAGCCGAACCGCAGGAUGCGCGUCGCCAACCCUAACGCGCAGGCGGGCUCGACUGUUGAACUCGAUCGCGCCGGAAGAGACCGGAGUGGCGGAACAAACCCAAGCGGCGGAGCGGACCGGAGCGGCGGAAGCGCUGCUUGCGGUGCAAGGGGGGACGCGGGGGAUGUGCGCGGAGGUGGCGGAGAUGGCGGAAGCGCGGAUCAAACGAACGGGGGAAACGGGGAGGGGAAGGAUGGCAGAAGGGCGGAGCGGAAUGAAGGGGGAGGCGCCACACCAGCUGAUCCCCCACAUCGUGUUCGGUUCAUGCAGCUGCAGAAGUUUCUGAGAAGCUGUGACGAGUCUGACUACAGCGCUCUCACUGCUUCUCUCCUUGCCAUGUCAGCAUGGGACCGCAGCCAGUUCGCCGCCCACACGGAGAAGAGAGCGCUGCAGUUGGGGGUGGAGGAAGCUCUUGAAAUGAAGCGAGUGAAGCGGCUCAACGUGCUUGGGAUGCGACGCCAGGCAACCAGCCACCAAGGCACACAGGGUCCAAGCAUACAAGCACAACCCCUAGAGUCACACCCACUACCACCACACGGGCACUCACAAGCGCUAGAGUCACACCAGCUUGUGUCACAUUCUCAAGCACAGGUGCAGCCGCCUCAGGGGAAGCAGUCGCAGUUACAGUGACAGCCAGAGUCACAUGGAAAUUAACUAUCACAACCUGUACAGUCACAGUCAGCAAUAUUAAAAGGCUAGCUUAGCUAGGAAGCUAGAAAAUGCAUGAGGUUUAGCUAGGAGCCAUGGAGUGGUAUGAGGUUUAGGAAGGAGAAAAGUUGAGGAGAAAAAAAGGGUUGGAAUAGAAAAAGAGAGGCAUACAAGGAGGGGAUUGUACCCUCUACAAUUCGGUAACCUACCAAGGCUAACAAUUGAAUAACUCAAUAUAUAAGUUUAACAUAC